UUCACAACUGACGCGUGCACCACACCACCAACAUUCAACAACUGCACUCUGCAGGCACUGCUGCUGCGUCUCUCGUCUCCUCUCUCUUUCUUUCCAUUUUGCUUCCAACACAGAUCUCACUGCAAUUCUUCAUCUGGUUUUGGUGAAGAAGAAAAUUGGGGUUUGUGAUUAUGAAUUGAAGUGAUUUUUGGGUGGAGAAAUGAAUGUGAGCCAUGCUUCAGUUCACCCAGUUGAAGAAGUUCCAAACACUGAAGGUGGUGUUGCGGUUGCCGAACAAAACGUUAACGUGCCUAUGGUUGUGAGGAUGAAGGAUAUUCAAGGCAUGCCUGGUACUGUUGGCGGCCUGGCUUUACGCGUUUCGCAGUUUGUUUUUGGUGCUGCUGCACUUUCGAUUAUGGCGUCCACAAGUGAUUUUCCUUCAGUCACUGCCUUCUGCUUCCUUGUUGCGGCUGCCGGCUUACAGACUUUAUGGAGCAUAUCAUUAGCUAUCACUGACAUAUACGCCAUUUUAGUAAGACGGUCUUUGCAAAACUACCAACUUGUCACUUCAUUUACAAUUGGCGAUGGGGUAACUUCGACACUUAUGUUUGCGGCGGCGUGUGCAUCGGCAGGCAUCACAGUGCUCAUCGAUAACGAUCUUGGUAAUUGUUCACAGAACCACUGUGUGCAGUUCGAAACAGCUACAGGCAUGGCAUUCAUAUGUUGGUUCACUACAGUGCCGUCGUUUCUGCUCAACUUCUGGUCUUUGGCUUCACGAUAAUUAAAAAGAGCAUCACGCAUCGCAUCAUCGACGGAAACAAGGGGAGGUUGUUUAUAAAGUAAGUUUUUCGGUUUCAAGGUUGUGACUGUUGUUUGAAGUCUGUUAAGCUUAGUAGUAGUAGUACCAAAUGGUGUCAUUCAUGUACUCUUUUCUUGAUCAAACAAGAAUUCUGAAUUGGGAUUAUGGAAUGUGUUAUCUUUUAUUCACAUUAUUAUUCA